AUGGCGAUAUCGAACGUGUCAUUUGACACUCUGGGUCCUUUCCUAGUGUGGCAGUUUCUCAUUCCCGUCGCAGCGGGAUGGGCCCAGUCCAUUCUCUACAGCAUCUUCAUUCGCGCUGGCGACCCGAAACCGCAGCCCGGUACUCCGCGCUUCAUAAAGCACCGCCGCAACAUCUUGAUCGCCAUCUACGCCGCUUACUUCGCCUUCACCAUUUACGAAGUCGACUUCAACUUGCAGCGCUCUAGCAAUGCAUACAACGACCUUGGUGUACCACUAGACGUCGACGAGAGCGCACUGAAUACGCGAUUCAGGAGGCUGACGAUUCGAUACCACCCAGAUAAGAUUGGGCCGAACGUGGAUAGAGAGAGGGCAAAUGACUUCUAUGUUCAUCUGAAGCGAGCCAAAGACAUCAUAAUGGAUCCUGUAAAGCGGUUCGCAUAUGACCGCUUCGGGCCAAGCAUCUUUGCGCAAUGCCAGAGCUGUUUGACUAUCAAGGACUACACAGACAGUGCGCUGCUCACUACCGCUACCACCUACGGCGUACUCUUCAUCAUUCUGGUUGGCGCAAACGCCCUCGGCUUCCUAACAGACGGGUCCUACUGGCGCUACCUAGGACUUCUCGCUGUUGCGACUUUCGAAAUCCGUACCGCUCUUCGUCCAGAUUACCCCACCUUUCUCUCGAAAUACUUGAACCCGUUCGUCGCAAGAACCAACCUGCGUCCCCCAUACCUACCCUUUCAAAUCAUCACCAUAUUGAAGAAAGCUGCGAUCUCCCUUACGCAGUUUCUCGGUCUGCUCAUGCCACUUUACCGAAGCGACCCUCAACAUGCCGCUAAAGCCAACGACGAUACCGAAGACACUCGCCACAAGCAGCUUGAUCGUCUCAGCGCGCUUGUUGCGGAGAGUAAUAAGGAUGCGAACAGACUGCUGGAGCUGGAAAGCGUGCCAUACAGGGACAACGAGAGGGCAAAGGGUGAGCUGAGGGAAGCACUCAAGAAGUACAUGGUGCAAAAUGUGGUGCAUCAGGAGAAGGAGGUGAGGAAUGCUAUGGGUGAGGUCAUGAUGCGGAGAAGGACGGGUGUGCCGCACGGUGCCGUAGGUACAAAAUAG